AUGAAGUAAUUUUCUUAUUGUAAGAAAUCUCUUCAAGUUUAACAGUAAAUAGUUUUCAAUAAGUAUUUUCAGAUUUGUUGAACUGAAAUAUUAUAUUUUUUUAUAUCUCUUCCUGUAAUAUAGAAAUUGUUUAUAUAGAAUUUGUAAAAAUAACUUCUAAAUGCAAGAAAAAGGUCAGAUAAUGACAAAACUAGUCAUUAUUCGACACUGAAGGUUCUUGGAAGGUUCCGUGAACAAAUUUAGGUAUCGGCUUCGUAAUGCGUUUACCGUCCCAAAAGUAAUUAUAAAGGUCUUAACAGCCUCAGUAAACGGGACAUGUCAUUAAAGAAACAUUCAAAUAGCCGUAUUUUCAAAAGGGAAAGAGACAUAAUUUAUUAGCCUUCAGUUUAUUAUCCAGUAAACUUAUGAAAUCUUACUACCUAAACCUGACAGUUUAACAAGUUUAAACAAGACAGUUUAAACAAAUUUCCUCAUUGUGGUAAUGUACAGCGUAUUAAAAAAAAAUAUUUAUUAAAAAUUUAUGUAGAAAAAUUUAUGUAAACAUAAAAUUAUGUGAGAAAAGUUUAUGUAAACAUACAUAUGUCCUAGAAAGUAGCUUUAGUAAGAUAUGUGUACGUUGAUGAACUUGUAUUCAACUUUUUACCCAAUGUUUUUAAAUAUUAAAAUCCAUCUAUAUAUUUCUAUAUCUUCCCUAUAAAAAAAAUAUAUCAUACAGAAUGAAAGUUCAACAUUAAACAUUGAAUGUCGAAAGAGUUGAAGACCUGCCGUUUUGCGAUAUAAGAGUGCUUCUUCAGCAAAUCAUUGGUCGGACAAUGAAUUCUGAAUGCAAUCAUUCUCGCGGGUCAUCAAACCUUUCUGUAUACGAAAGGCUUCAGAUUUCCAUUUCUGUCCAAUUUUAAAAUUAGAAUUUAAUAUAUAACAUACAAAAAUAUUUUCGACAUUUAUUAAUAAAAAAUUAAUUAUUCAUGAACGCUGUAAUUUUACAUUGAAAUAAUUUUAGCUAUGUCUUAUUAAGUAGUGGGAAAAUAUUAUUAAUAAAUAAUUCUUAUUUUCAGAUAGGAUUUAAAGGAUAUGGUUUAAGCCCUGAGAAAGUGGAUGCUGUUGGUAUGUUUGAAUAUGGAGGAAAGGAUUACAAAUUAAGACAUGGUUCAGUGGUCAUAGCUGCAAUUACUAGUUGUACUAAUACUAGCAACCCUAGUGUAAUGCUUGGAGCAGGUCUUCUUGCGAAGAACGCUGUUGAAGCUGGUUUGUGUGUAGCACCUUAUAUUAAAACAUCACUAUCUCCAGGAUCUGGAGUUGUUACUUAUUACCUAGAAGAAAGCGGUGUCAUUCCAUAUUUAACAAAAUUAGGAUUCGAUGUCGUUGGUUAUGGAUGUAUGACUUGUAUUGGUAAUAGUGGUCCUCUUCCAGAUAUUAUUGCCGAGACCAUUGAAAAGAACGAUCUUAUUUGCUGUGGCGUAUUGUCUGGCAAUCGAAAUUUCGAAGGCAGAAUUCAUCCGCACACGCGAGCAAAUUAUCUAGCGUCACCGCUUUUGGUAAUUGCAUACGCCAUUGCUGGAACGGUAGACAUAGAUUUUGAAAAAGAACCGCUUGGUCGUCGUUCGGAUGGCACUCCGAUAUACCUUCAAGAUAUUUGGCCCACUAGAUCAGAAAUUCAAGCCGUUGAGCAAAAAUUUGUAAUUCCAGCAAUGUUUACAGAAGUUUACAGCAAAAUUGAGAAAGGUAGCCCCAGCUGGGCAAAUUUGGCUGCUCCAAAUACUACAUUAUAUCCAUGGGACGCAAAUUCCACUUAUAUAAAGAAUCCACCAUACUUUGACGAUUUGGAAAAGCAAUUACCAAAAUUAAAACCAGUCACCAAAGCACGUGUUCUUCUGAAUCUUGGUGAUUCCGUUACGACAGAUCAUAUUAGUCCAGCUGGCAGUAUUGCGCGUAAUUCCCCGGCGGCACGAUACCUUGCAAACCGCGGAUUGACACCAAAAGAAUUCAAUUCUUACGGUGCACGAAGAGGUAAUGAUGCUGUAAUGGUACGAGGCACGUUCGCUAAUAUUCGUUUAAUGAAUAAAUUCCUCACAAAACCUGGACCACGUACAAUUUACAUUCCUACUAAGGAAGAGAUGGACGUUUUUGAUGCAGCUGAAAAAUACGCGAAGGAUCAAACACCUUUAAUAAUCCUCGUCGGCAAAGAAUACGGAUCUGGAUCAUCAAGAGAUUGGGCUGCGAAAGGGCCGUAUCUUCUUGGAAUUCGAGCGGUUAUAGCCGAGUCGUAUGAGAGAAUACACAGGUCAAAUUUGGUAGGUAUGGGUAUUAUACCUUUAGAGUACCUACCUGGGCAAACUGCAGAGUCUCUAGGACUGACCGGUUAUGAAGCGUACGAUAUAGCAAUCCCUGAAAAUUGCCAACCUGGUCAAAAUCUUACUGUCACUACGGACGAUGGUAAAAAAUUCGAAGUGAUACUGCGAUUUGAUACUGAAGUUGAUUUAACAUAUUAUAAACAUGGUGGUAUCCUAAACUACAUGAUCAGAAAAAUGCUUUGA